AUGGCGGACCCAGGAUCAAUUCUUCCGCAUUCUACCGCAACUUCUUCACCAGAACAAGAUUUGUUACAUAAUAAUUCUUGUAUUCGUUUGCGAAAAAUUGAUAGUGAGCAUAAAGAAAUUAAACAAACCGCUGUUAAAGCUUUACAUCAAAAUUCUAUAAUAGCUAUGCAUGCGAUUGCAAGUGGUGAGUCACCUGCUAGAACUAGGUUACGGAUGUUACGUUAUUUAACAAGUUUACCAUAA